AUGAGUCAGCCUACUAUUAUAAUCAACAGUGAUGAAGAAUUGGAUCUAGUUUGUCGACUACUUUUUUAUCAACCCACUGGUUAUCACUCCAACCCUCGAAAGUUAUAUAAAGAUCUCAAGAAUGAAGGAUAUCGAUUUCCAUUCAAAAAAGUACGUGACUGGCUUAUAAACCAGAAUGAAUGGCAAAAAUACGCUCCAUCACCAAAAGAUACUCCACGG